AUGCUCGCGCUCCGCUCGCUCCGUGCCCUCCGCCUCGCGCCCUCAGCAACUCGAGCAUACACGACUCACCCAGCGAAAUCCGGCGCGCAGGGAUCAGGGAACCAAGGGGUUGGUGAGGACGCGGCGGAUAUCCAGAGGAAGAACGCGUUGGUGCCGGUUUUUGUGGCGGCGGGAGCGGGGUUGGUUGGGUACAUCGUCUACUCGCAAAUGAGCGCAAAGAAGGAGCACGAGGAAGCGAACAAGGAGCGGAAGACGGACAUGCGGCAGGAGAAGCAGGCGCGUCUCUGCCGUCUUUUCGCUGCUACGUCUCGCGCCGCACUGCGACCAAGGAUAGCUGCUCGACGAGAUCGAGGCGUUGCCGGCGAGAAGGAGCGCAUGGGUGGACGCGGCUAG